CCACGUCCUGAAUUGAUAAUGCAUCGGAAAAAAGGGGGCGGUACGCCUAUUCUCUUAUAGAGCACAUUGUGUGACAUUGCGUGAUUGACCUGCCCAUCGAUAGUCAUGUUUUCUUACAUGUCUAUGUCAUCAUCCCAGACCAGCCUGAGGAGUGUGAAUGUUCCUCCACCAGCAAUUCAGGCCCGGGUCAUACAGGAUCCACACUGUAAAUCAGGGGAGGAUGUGUGGGAAUAUGCCAUAUCCCGCUCCUGGCUCAACAAGUGGGCGUCGCUGGCUGCCCCAGCUACCAGCCAGCAACACAGACCAUCAAAUGAACCCAUAGGACCUUUGGUUGUGCGAGAGAUUGAUGUUGAGAACUGUUACAUCGGGGAGUCAGUGUGGAGUGUACUCUUGUCGUGGCACGGACUUGAUGGAGGCUCGUACAAGAGACGAAGACAUGUCAACCCUGGCUACAUGCCCCUGACAUCAGAGGGGGGCCAGAGCUGCCAUGUGCUGGCAGACAGACACCUGGAUAUCCUUAUGGUCACCCUGUGUGGUCUGUCAGAGCUGGAUUCCCCAGACAAGCAUCACAUCCUCCAGCUAUAUGCUUGGGACACAGUCACCUUCUGGGAGGACCAAUUCAGGCAGAGAGUCGGGCUUCCAGAAAAGACUCAGCUGCGGAUCUGGCUGAUAGCUGAGCAUGAUGAUAAUGAGACUUGCGUACAGCUGCCCCAGAGCUCGCAGUGCUCCAUGAUGCAACAUCUGUGUCAGGUGUGCCCAGAGCUUGUUCAUCAUCUGGUCCAGCGACAGGGCAGGUGUCCUGCCCCAGAGCACCAGGCUGCUUUUUCAUCGUUUAAGUCCACUGCCAGCGCUGGGUACCUGUCAGCUGAUCCAGAGGACACUAAAUCUUACCUGUUUCAGGAACUCCUUCUUCAGAGGUACAAGAUCAGCAUUGCUGUAGAGAGUGUGGUGCAAAGCCAGCCAGGGACAGACUUGCUGACAGGAAUAGGUGUAGGUGCUGUCAAUCUGAACUGGACACCUACAGGUGACAAGCCUCCAUCAUGGGAAAACCGUCUUAAGGAGGUUUUAGAUCAAAUAGCCACUAACAUGCACGGUAUUGUAGACGGCCAGAGAGAGAAGGUAGGGACAGUGUGUAAAGAUGUGGUGAGAGGUGCAGUAUCAGAGUCUGAGAGGCUCGGGGAACAGCUACGAGAAAAGAUCCAGGCUGCUGAAACCAAGGGAAAAUCACUGUCAGCGCAAGAGAAAGACAUCAACGAGCGUGAAACUGUCCUCAAUGAGAAACUUAAGAAGUUUAAAAAAGGACUUGCAGAUUUUCUCAUAGAGAAAAAAAGGCUGGAAGAGGAAAUGAGAAAGAUAGAAGAAAUGAACAAAAUAGCUGAAUCUAAGAUUAAACUGAAUGUUGGAGGUCACAAGUUUGAAACCUCUUUAGAUACCAUGACUAAAGAUCCACAGUCUGUGUUGGGAUUUAUGUUCAGUGGUCGUCAUCCAAUCAAACGAGAGGCAGAUGGUAGUUACUUCAUUGAUCGAGAUGGAACAAACUUCCGCCACAUUCUUAACUUUCUGAGAGAUGGGGACAGCUCUUUCUCAACAAUGCCUGCAGAUGUGAAGGCUUUACGAGAGCUGCAGAAGGAAGCAGACUUCUACAAACUUAGUGGUUUGAUAGACUUUUUGAGCAUGAAAGUUGGGUCAUGACAAUCACUUUUGUUUUCUCUGGUUUACACUGCAACUGUAUCUCAGACUAUCACUGUCAUCACUAGCUGACUUGGUAGAUUUGCUUUGAAGUGCUUCUGAUAAUGACAAUGUCUGUACCAUUUAUACCAUUUAUCAGCAUGACCAAAUUGCAGCAAGCGCUGUUAACAAAUUCAAAAUAAUAAAAUAUCUACAAAAAUAUCAUCAGUAUAGUAAAGGGCCAAGAAUACAGCUUGGGUUUAGAUAUUAAUUCAUAUCAAGAUAUGUUGCUUGUAUUCAAGUUGAGAAAAAUAAAAAAAGUAUUAACAAAUUCCUAUAA